AUGAAAGUUGUAUCUUCUCAUGAUAAAAGUAAAGUACCUGUUGCCCUCUUUAUUAUUGUUAAAAGCACUGAUGAUAUAGAAGAAAACUCAUCUUCUGAUCCAAAUGAUAAAUUAAUAGUCAAAGAACUUCUGCAGCAAAUAGGCAUAUUACAUGUAUGUAACCUAAUGCUGAUUGAAGAUUUACUAAAUCUUAAAGAAAAACAAGAAGCACACUACCAAUUUACUGAUGAAGACCUAAUUCAAACUGCAACAAAAGUAGAACAAAUAGGAGAGGAGUUCAUAAUGCUACCUCUAACUGGAGAAAAACAAUUUAAUAUUUUGCAUGAUGUCUUGAAGAUCGUAAAUGAAAGAAUCGAUAAUAGUGGAGUAACAAUAAAAUCUUUACACAAGCUACAAUCCUGUAUUUGA